ACCUGUGGCAAGGUGACGCCCUUGAACACUCACAGCAGCCUACGAUUUCCCACAACCACCCGCGGUAAAUCACAUUUGGAUUUCUGCUCAAAGUGUCAAACCCAAGAAUGGCUCUUCACAGGUUGUUCCAGCUGACGUCCCUCCUCCGCUCGGCGGUGUCCGUGACCCUGCGGAGGAACGUCGGUCUGUCCGCGGUGGUCUUCAACCGGGCGGCCGCCAGCGACCUGGACCCCGUCCAGAAGCUGUUCGUGGACAAGAUCCGCGACUACAGAACCAAGAGCAAGUCCGCUGCUGGGGGCGUGGUCGACGGAGGCGCGGCCUACGAGAAGUCCGUGUCCGAGGAGAUGACCAAACUGCAGAGGCUGUACGGCGGGGGAGACCUCGUCAAGUUCCCCGACUUCAAAUUCCAAGAUCCCAAAUACGACGAAGUGGCCAAGUAAAUCUAUCUACGUUGUGUGUCUAAGUCACCCAUAUGUUGUAUUUAAUAAACGGUGUUGAACUGAAA